CGUCACAUCCGGUUCUGCUGUUGCUGAUCCACGUUUGGACUGUCGUUAUAAACGAUCUGAAAAAAAUAAAUAAACCCAUGCAGGGAUAUAUCGACUGUCACUGUCAUAUAUCUGCUGAGGAUUUUGACAGCGACAUUGACGAUGUCAUUCAGGAGUCUAAAAAGGCUGGGCUUGUUGCCCUUCUUGCAGUAGCAGAGCAUGCUGGUGAAUUUGAGAAAAUUAUACAGCUCUCACAAAGGUUCCCAGGAUUCGUUAUGCCAUGUCUUGGAGUUCAUCCUGUCCAAGAUCCAGCACAACCCAGGGGUGCUUUACUUGAGGAUCUAGACGCAGCAUUACCACUGAUCGACAAAUACAAAGAGGAUAUUGUGGCUAUUGGUGAGGUCGGUCUGGAUUUCACACCACGUGUAGUCAACAAUGACGCUGGGAAAGACAGUCAGAGACAGGUGCUCAUUCGACAGGCUGAAAUCGCAAAAGAGCUGAAUCUGCCUCUGAAUGUACACUCAAGAUCCGCUGGAAGACCAACCAUCCAUCUUCUGAAGGAGUUGGGUGUAGAGAAUGCACUUCUUCAUGCAUUUGACGGAAAACCUUCGGUUGCGAUGGAAGGUGUAAAAGCUGGUUAUUUUUUCUCAAUACCUCCAUCCAUUGUCAGAAGUGAUCAGAAGCAGAAGCUGGUGAAGCAGGUUCCUCUGGAGAGCAUGUGUUUAGAGACGGAUGCUCCUGCACUCGGGCCUGAAAAACAGGUGAGGAAUGUACCAAGGAAUAUCAGCAUCAGUGCAGAAUAUAUCGCCAAGAUCAAAGGUGUUCCCUUGGAGAAGGUGAUGGAGGUCACUACCCAGAAUGCCUUGCGCCUCUUCCCCAAAUUAAAAGCAUUUAUCAAAGCCUGACAUUAAAAGGGACUUAUGCAAAGCUGCUGUUUAUAACAAACGUGUUUUGUUGUGCAACAAAUUGUGAUCAAGGAUUUUUUUAUUAGAGCAUAAAUGGACCCCAACUGGUUUUAAUUUAUUGAAUCCUGUCAAUAAAUAGUGCUCGUAAUUACAGGACAGAAUAUUCUCAAGAUAUUUUGAGAAGUGCGAAUACAAAUUUGUAGAAUGUUUUGUAGAUAAAUGAAAUUUAAAGUUUGCAGUUGUUUCACACGCUGCUGCUAUAAGAUAGAAGAAAAAUGUGUGGGUGCAUGUUAAGAUUUUUAAAAACUAGAGAUAAAGAGAUAAAGGAGAAACAUGCUCACAUUUAACACAUCCCAGCUAACAGGAAACCUUCUCAGAACUGGUAAGGUUUGUCAUGAACAAACACUCUUCAAGUAACACAUUCACAGAAUGAUCGUUCAAAGUGAUCUGGUCUCUAAAUAUGUUAUUAACAUAAAAACACUUUAUAUCUAUGGAACGUUUUUGUCAAACAUGUCAUUUAGAUGUUUGUCUAUGUUAUUCAUGUUACUACUCGAUACAGAAGAUUUAGACAACAUUCAAAAGUAACAUUCCCAUAAUGUUUGCAAAAUAAAAUUUUAAAAACC